AUGAUCGCAUGGUUCAAUCACGAGGAGCCAUCAGUGACAGUGCGCGACUUACGCGCCCUUCCCCAUCCCUCGCAAGCCGAGCAACCCAACUGCCCAGAACCAACCCGCAACGCCAACCUCCCCCCUCCCCCUCCCCAAGCACCACCCCAACCGUCCAACCAACCCCUCCCUCCACGUCAGAUGCGGCGAAUACCCCGCCGGACACCUAAACACCGUCACCCUAACCCCAGCUGUCCAGACUCUGCACCGCAAGCAUCCUAUCCCGGUAAGCCGGCGCCAAAACCCUAUCGUCUUCCGUCACGAGAUAGGCGCACGGAAGCAUUGGUCAGCACGGACGUCAGGACGGGCGAUGGCGUCGAGGUCGCCCCGUGGCGGUUUGCGGUGGCGGCGUCGAGGUCGCUGGAGGAGAAGUAA